UAGAAUCCAAGUCCCCAUGGAGUAAAUAAUUGACCAUAAUAAAGUUAAAAGUGUGUGCAUUGUCAUUUAGAAGAAAUAAACAUAUGACAAAAGGAAAAAAAUAUUAUUGUGAAAUUAUGGGAAAAAGACAUAAACACCAUCAGUCCCUUUUAUUUGUUUAUUUAUUGUUUUCAAUACAAUUUUUUUCCUUCCUCAUUUUGUAAGUGGCACCGACUUCGUGUCUAUUUAAUAAAGAAAAAUCAUUUGAAUUUGAAAUCUAUUCUAAUAUUAGAAAUAGAAAUACCACUAGUACAUCGAUUCUCAAUUAGGGCAAUAUUAGAAAGAGUCAAAUGCUGGUCAACAACAAUAACUCAUGCAAGCAGUUUCUUCUUCACAGUCAACUUUCAUUGAUUCUUCUGCCCCAACCCAAAACAGUUCCCACUCUUUCUUUAAACACUCCUCAUCACCCAAAAGUUUCUCUCUUUUAUAUUUGAUUCCUCCUUUCAGAUUCUCAUCUCCUACAAAAAAAAAAAAAAAAAAAGAAAAAAAGAAAAAAAAACCCUUCGGUCUUUAUAGAGAGUCACACAACACAACCAUACAAAGCCCCCAAAAAGCCAAACUCAUCCAAUCCAACCAAAGACAUAUAAAGCCACAACCUUCACCAUUGGACCCCAAAAAAAAAAAGACACGACCUUUACCUCACGUGACCAAACUCAAACUCCAUCCCAUUGCUUUCAAUCAACAACUUUACCAAAUCUUGGAAAAUAUUAGCCAACGCUUAAUCUACACCUCUGCCCAACACCCCUCACAUGUCCCAUUUCAUUGGGUCGUCUUAUCCACUCUCUGGAGUGGAGAGUGGGCUUUCAUGAGACAAAGAUUUAUGAAAAACAUAAAAAUACUUAAAUGUAAUAAAAUACCAUGUCUGCUCCAUCCAACUCAAACACUCAAAUGUUGUGUGCAUCUCACUCGCACGUGCCGCCCCCCUCUCUCUCUCUCUCUCUCUCUCUCUCUCUCUCUCUCUCUCUCUGUGACAUCCCUUUCUACUAACCACUGCAGUCCUCUCUCUGUUCAUCUUUGCUUCUGCAAUCUAGUAGGAGACAGAUUCUUUUAGGUGGGUUUUAAUGAAAGGAUGGGAAAGAUGGUGUUUAAGUCCAAAAUGAAAUGGGUUGGUUUGCUUGGUCUGGUUCUCUCAGCUAUAUCUCUCUUUGUUCACUUUUUGCUGGCUAGAUUCACAGAAGGGGGUGUUUCAGAGUACCACUCCUCAAUCACAAUCUUCCCCAGGCGAACCAUUGGUGAAAGCUUGAAUUUUUCGAAGACUAGUCCAAUGUAUAGAAGGCUAUGGGGACCCGUUAGACAUCUGGAAUCUUUGCAUCCCAAUGCAAAUCCCAGAGGACACUAUGCUGAUCCUGGUUCCGAUACCAGCGGGUUUAUCUUUGUAAGGAUACAAGGCGGGUUUCAUGAGAUCAGGAAUUCGAUAUGUGAUGUAGUUGUGGUUGCUCGGUUUCUUAAUGCAACAUUAGUCAUUCCUGAGAUACAAUCAACCACAAGCAGCAAAGGCAUCAGCUCUCAGUUUAAGAGUUUUGCCUAUCUCUACAAUGAGGACCAAUUCAUGGCGGCUUUAUCAAAAGAUGUCAAAGUUGUGAAGACCCUUCCUAAAAAUCUGAAAGGGCUGAGGAGAAAAAAGAACAUUCCAGUUUUUAAAGUGCCUUACUCUGCUUCACCGUAUUACUAUAAGCACCAUGUUCUUCCAAUUUUAAAGAAGCAUUUAGUAGUUGAACUAGUUGUGUCUGAUGGAGGAUGCUUGCAGGCUAUCCUGCCACCUGAUCUUGAAGAAUAUCAGAGGCUGAGAUGUAGGGUUGCUUUUCAUGCCCUUCGGUUCCGGGAGGAGGUCCAAGAACUUGCCACUAAAAUUUUACACAGAUUAAGGGCUCCUGGACAGCCAUUUAUAGCAUUUGACCCUGGAAUGACCAGGGAAGCUUUGGCAUAUCAUGGUUGUGCUGAACUCUUCCAGGAUGUGCACACUGAACUCAUUCAGCACAAAAGACAUUGGAUGAUAAAACGUGGAAUUGUCAAGGGGAAGCUUUCGGUGAAUUCUGCAGAACAACGCCUUAAUGGUUCUUGCCCACUAAUGCCAGAAGAGAUUGGUAUUGUUCUUCGUGCAUAUGGGUACUUGUGGGACACAAUAAUAUAUGUCUCUGGGGGAGAAAUUUUUGGUGGCCAAAGGACAUUGAUCCCUCUUCGUGCAAUGUUUGAAAAUGUUGUUGAUAGGACUUCCCUCAGCAUGCCUUGGGAGCUCAGUAGGAUUUAUGGUCGUGAGGCUAACCUUGUUGAUCGCAAUCCUGGGAGUCCACCUAUGAUUGAGGAAGAGAUGAAGAUUGAAGCAUGGAAAACUGCAGGGCCACGUCCUCGCCCGCUUCCACCACCUCCAGCUAGGCCCAAAUCCUAUAACAUUGAAGGUUGGUGGGGUUGGGUAGCUGAGAGUGAUAAUGAGCCUGAUAGUACAGUUAUGGAAUUGAGGACCAACGCCCAUAAACUACUGUGGGAAGCAAUUGAUUACGUGAUAUGUGUUGAAGCUGAUGUAUUCAUCCCUGGAUUCGAUCUUGAUGGUAAGGGGCAUCCAAAUUUUGCAAGCUUAGUCAUGGGACACCGACUCUAUCAGUCAGCUGCAUCAAAGACAUACAGGCCAGACAGAAAAGAAGUCACCAAGCUUUUAGAAGAAAUUAGUGACCACCUUUACCAUGCAAAUCAUACUUGGCUGAUGUCAGUGCGCAAGAAUUUGAGGAAGAGAUUAGUUGAUGGACUAAUAGAAGCUUCCGCAAGAUCAAAACCACUGUCUUUUAUCUCUCAUCCUGUCCCAGAAUGCUCUUGCUUGAGGCAUGAUCCUGCGGGAAAAUCAAUUAAUGCUACAACAUCAGCUCAUGCUUCAACUUCUACUAGUCAUUCUCAAGUACUUGCUGCUCUUGGAGUUGUGCACUAUUGCCCUGCUUGGAUGGAGAAUGAUUUGAUACUGCAGUCAAAAGACAAGGAAAAUGAAGAAACUCUAGAUGAAGACGACUCCACGUCAUCAGGAUUGUUUUUCCGGAAAAAUAAUGGAUAUCAUGAAGGUGUUAAUGGAGACUUAAGCAACAAAGAAGAGACUCAGUUGGAUGAUCAAGAAGAGCUUGAGGGUGGAGAAAGGUAGUGAGGCUGAUUAACGACAUGGUCAUCCUACACGGCAGUUCUGUACAUAAAAGAUAUCUUCACUAGUAUGAUCCAAGCAAAUUUGGAAUCAUCUUCAGCUCCAACUUCAUAAGGGGAAAUGCCAGUUUUCUAACUGUGGUUCAAGAACACAAGACUCUGGGCUGAUUUGACUCUCGUUGAAGCAUUUACUCAUUUUUGUUGGGUUGUUUAAGCCCUUUUUACAAUUAUAUAGGUCAUUAUUUAACCCCACAACCAGUUUUGAUGUAAACUCGUAUGUUCUCCAUGAAAUUGUAGCUUUAGCUUAACCUCUCUAAUUUUGUAGGGAGUUUUGUUUGUUAGACUUGUUGAUUGAAUUAAAUUCUUUGCAGUGGUCCUCGUCAGAAAUUAUGCCACCAUUUGGUUGUUGUACUCGUUCAAACAUGAAUCCACCAUUUUGUGUGGGCGCCUUGUGAACAUAGAUAAUUGGAGUUUGAAGUUCAUGUUGAUUAAUCUUUUUUGCC